AUGACAGCAAGUGCAAGUGAGCUCAGAGGUUCGUGUGCCUCUGCGCAGGUGGUCCUCAAUCUCACCUACAGCACCAAGUUUCAGCGAGUUGAGGAGCAGCAUUGGGCCUAUGCCUGCAUCAUUGGCGUGUGCCUCGCCUUGUUCGUCUUGGAGGUUAUCCGAGGCGCUGUGACGACGGUAGUCGAGCUGCGCAAGUUCGAGAUUCGCCGGCGGCUGGUGGGCGGCGAUUUCCUCCAGAGCCGCAUUCGGAAGAACGACGUGGGCCUGAAGAUGCGGAAGCCACCGGCGAAGAAGCCGGCGCUUCCUCUGGCGCCGCCCAGGAACCCGCCAAAGAACGCUCCGCCUCCGCCACCGCCUGGGCCACAGACGACUCUGGUCAUGUUCAAUCCUCAAACCUCAAAGACACAAGCACAGCAGAAGCCUUCCUUUCAUGUUUUGGCAAGCGGUCCCGGAGCCAAAACACGUCUGAUGAACCGCCAAAGCCUACGGUUGCCAGCCAAGGUCGGCAAAGCCUCCGGUGGCGCGACCGGCGUUUCCCACUCAGCAUUUUGGGGCUUGCGGAGCAAAAGUGUCUUUUCUAGCCACGCACAAGAUGUCCUGCAGAAGUGCGCCGUUGCACUGAAGCAAACUGUUGAGCCAGCCACUCGCCCGCAGGUGUUGCAUCAAGGCCAUGCAUGCAAGAGACCUCCUUCUAAGCCCCGCGAGGCCCAAAAUCCCCAAAGUGAGGUUUCUUCCGAAGGAAUCGCCACCGGGGUCGGCCGGAGCCAAAGGCCAGGCAGUGACGGUACGAAGCUGAAGGUGUUGGGAAGUCGGUGCAUGGGGCUUCGUGGUUUCACACGGAAGAGCAGUCGGAGACGCUUGGAUUUUCGUGAGCUCGAUGACCCUUUCCACACGCGGAAGUUCUCCGACGUGUUGCCUCCGACUCUCAGAGCAGUGGUUCGUGACUGUGAGUGGAACAGAUACCGUCGAACCAGGGACCUAAACUGCACUGAGUUGGUCGGCUGCAGUUCAGGAGCUUCCGGCAUCCCAACGUUCAGAACGGUGCAGGGACUCAGCCCGUGCAGUUCGUGUUGA